CUUUUCAGAUUGGAGUGAGUUUAUCAAAGACAAAGAUCUAACCCCUUGGUUAGCGUGCUUUGUAGCAGAACAACAGUCGAAGCCCAAAUCUCGCCAGUCCCUGUUUCUCUCUCCCUCUCUCUCUCUCUCUACAAAGAUUUUCCCACACUUCCCAUUCAGUUUCUCUAUCAUUUUCCCUAAUGCCAAUCACUAGGGACCCAUCUACCCCGCCGCCGAUGAUCGGCAAAAUCGGUCCUUACACCGUCUUCAUGACUCCACCUUCCACUCCUAAACCGGUUGCCGAGCCCAUUUCCAGCUCCCCCAAACCGGUCAUGCCGCCUCCCGUUCAGCCUCCGCCUCAGCAGUUCCAUAAGCCUGUUGUUUCCCAUUCUGUAUCGGACGGCUCCGUCGCCGGUUUCUUCAAGAAUGCCGUCACCAAAGUCCAAAGUGCACAUUCGAGCUUAGAUGAGCAUUUGGCUCGCUGGUUUGGAUUAAAUCAGUCAAAGUAUCAGUGGGCAUUGGAUGAUUAUUAUGAGAGCAAGGGACUGGAAAAGGAAGGUGUAAAAGCAAAAGAGAUGUCUGGCAAAGUACAGAGCGUGUAGUAUACUUCUUGGUUCUGGUAUAGAGAAAUUUAAAUCCAUUUUCGUGUUACGAAAAAAGGAUUCGAUUUUCAUCUCUUUAGCCUGCACAACUAGUUGAUGUUUAAUGGCUCGCAACUCUUGGGACUGCAGAUAUAUAUAUAUAUAGAGAGAGAGAGAGUGAUUGAUGGGUCUCCUUUGUAUACUAUACAUACCUAAUAUAUGGUUAGGAAAAUUGUACUGGAUGAUGGAAGGAAUGCUUAUCCGAGUACAAAACAUCUUAGUAUCUGGUAACUUCAUAUGUGAAGCUACCUGCUGCAGCAGCUGGCCGAGCUUGUUUGUGUGCCAGGUUAAAUGACCCAUGUAAUCUUAAUGCCCUUAAAAACUUCUUCCUAGAAUUUUGUUGUUGUGAUU